UGCAUCUGGGGGCUGGCUGCUGGCUCGAUCAUGUGUUUUUGUUCGAUUGAUCGCCGCGACGUCCGCCUCCCUUGCCUCGUUUUCGAAACGUAUACAUUAUUUGACGGAAUAAUGUUGACUUAAUUUGAUUAUAAGCGUCAACGGGCAGGCGUUCGAGGUGGCUGGCUGAAAACAACAAACUUCCAAGGAGCAACGACAACUCCGGCGCGUUCUGUAUGUUGGCUCGGUUAUGUCUUCGACUGUCGACGACGCUCCGGAUCAUGCUGACACUGCUGAAAAGGAGAAACGUGGCACAGACACCUACGCGACAUACGCUAACAUGUUUUUCUACGUGAGAGAAGUCUGCUUCUUCCUGACCAUCGCCGUCACGUCGUAUGCCGCCAUCCACAAUGCGCCGCCGCUGGUGUCCCACACGAACGCGGCAGUGCCGUUUUUCAAGCAGAACGCGCACAUCGUCGACUUCUACACCGGCGACCUGAGCCCGGCGUUCGAGAAGAUCUCCGAGUCGGACCUGACGUUUGUCAUGUACUACGCGCCCUGGGACGCGGAGAGCCAGGUCGUUCGGGCCGAGUUCGAACUGCUGGCCGCUUACUACAGCCACGAGGUGCACUUUGUGGCCGUCAACUGCUGGCACCCUUCAGGCGAGUGCAGACGCCACUUCAACAAGGUGCAUCACUUUCCGGUGCUGAUCGCGUAUCCGUCGCUGCGCAGCAAGGGCAUCCAGUAUCGCGGCGUCAAGAAGGCCUACCACAUGGCCAGGUUCCUCAAAGUCGUCCUCAGGCCGCUCAUCAGGGUUCACAAUCAGCAGGAUGUGCUCGCGUUGAUUACCAAACACGACGCGGUGAUGGUGAGCUGCGUGGACAUAUCAAGCAGCAAGUCUGGCUACCUGGCGGCAUACACGUCGGCCCUGAGAGCCCUGGAGAGGGACCCUCUGCAGGAGGUGAGCUUCGCGGUGGCCACCAGCCGAAAAACUUGCUUGACGCUGGGCUUUGACGAGGACGUAGCCCUGCCGAGUGCCAAAUUGCAUCUUUGGAACGAAACAAUCGACUACGAAGGCGACUGGCAGAGUGACAGGCUGGUCAAGUGGGUCUUCAGCAACAUCCACCAGGUGGCCGUGUGGGUGACCCUGCCGGGCAGCAAGUCCAUGUCGCUGGCGCCGUACGUCGAGGAGGGACCCGCCCUCGUCAUGUUCACCCCGAGAAACCCCUUUUUCGCCACUUCCCCCUACUUUGACCUGUUGCGCGAGAUCGGACUGGAGUACUACAAUUGCAACAACAACAGUCUGGUCUCCUCUCUGGCGCAACACUUGGCCACUCGACGAGCAACGAGCAAGACGGAGCAUCGAAACGAAGAGAAGCUGUGCUUCACGCCAAUCGCCAAGGGCGACAACUACUGCCCGCGCACCACCAGCGCGCCCACUUGCGCCACCGUCACCCUGCCGGCGGCCAUCAACUUCACCAUUAGCACCAGGCUGCUCAGGGAGAAGGCUGAAAAGCUCAAGUGGGACACCAGUUGCGAGGAUGCACAGCAGAGACUGCGAAGCGAGCUUUGGAAGGCAGAGAACUGCCUGGUGCCUCUGGCAGAGGAGCGGCUGGUCGUUCCAAACGUGAACAGCACGUCCAUCACGAUCGACCCAAAGGUGCUGGCUCUGCGCAGCACGCACAAGCAGCUUGAGUGCAAGCGGCUGCUGCUCGGCAGACGACUCCACGUGCCCGUCUUUCCUAAGAAGGCUUCCCCCAACGAGGGAUUCGAUUUCGGGCAGCUGCGAGGGCUGUCUUGCAGCAACAACAGGUCGCUGUCACUCCUCGCAGUGGAUUCGCUCGAGUUUGAAGCGUUCGCUAAAUACCUCGGCGUCGACACCUCUCGCACGCCUGAUCGAACAGCCGUCGUCAUUUUCAACGCAGCCGCCGAGACAAUCAACGUGUUGAGCGGCCCGAUUUUGAAAGCGACGCUGUCCUCCUUCCUGGUCAACCACACGUCGAACACCCUGCCCAGGUCCAUUCGAACCUUCCACAGGGAAGAGUACCAGCGUGCCUGUCCUUCAGGCUCGUUCUGCGUGCGCGAACUCAAUUCCAGCAACUUCUUGCCGACAGUUUUGAACGACUCCGAGGACGUGGUUGUGUUGUUCCACUCGCCGUUGUGCGGCAUGUGCGGCAGCGCCAGCCUCACCUUCCUCACGAUCGCCAGGUUGUUCAGGAAGACGUGCAACCUGCGCUUUGUGCGCGUCGACGGCGAGAACAACGACCUGCCGUGGCACUACACUAUGGAAUCCUACCCUGCCAUCCUCUUCUUCCCAGCCCAGAGGAAAUCUGAGAGCCGCAUUUUUCCAAAAACAAAGGUGGUCAGCGUGCAGACCCUGACGCACUUUGUGCUGGCCAACCUGCGGCCUGAGUCGCGCCUCCAAUCGCUGCUCAGUCUGCACGGCAAUAAGAGGCAGGCCAGGCUCCACACCCUCACCGCCCUCCACGGCCUCAACUCGCAAUACAGACUUUCAAAGUUGAACAGGUCUUCGAUAUUGUCGAGGCGGCGAUUGAAGCAGCGGUCGCAGUACCUGCGGCUGCUGCACCUGGCGCUGAGUGACGCGCGGCUGGAGGCGGAGGCGACCGCCAGCCUGAACAGGUACUACCGCCUCUCGACCAAUUUGCGGGCGUGAGACAGGACGAAGAAGACAAAAAUACUCGUUGGACAAUACUCUGGUCUCGGCCGCAGCGCAGCGCAGCGGGCGGCUUCGAAGGAAGAACUGCGGCACUGUGUACGCUUGCUAUGGCACUCCUUGUGAUAUGUAAAUAUUUUUAUUCUGCGCGCGGAGUAGUGCUAGGUACCUACAUAUUUUUGUAAACGCAUUUCUCACGGCCACGAGCCUGAUACAUUUUUGUACGUUGUGCAUUAUUGUUCAUUUUAAUCGUUUUCAAAUGUUUUAAUAAAGUUGAUGUUUCCUCACAAUCAGUGCA